AUGGCGGAGAAGACGCAGUGCUGUGGCCGGAAAUGGUGCGUCAGCGAUCCGUGUGGGAUCGUGUGCGCCGUAAUAACAUGGCUGCUGAUCGUUUAUAGCCAAUCCGUGGUGUUCCUAGUGCUGAUUCAUUCUUUUGAAGAACACUGGCUUCAUACUGGUGUUAAUUUUGUGCUUUUCGAAUUUUUGACGGCUUUGGCACUCAUUAGCCAUGUGAAGACAAUGCUGACUGAUCCUGGCUCCGUGCCAAAAGGUAAUGCUACUGAAGAACAUAUAGAGCGGUUACAAGCGGCAGAAGAGUUCAAGGUGAUUUAUAAAUGCCAGAAAUGCUGCAGUAUCAAGCCGGAUCGUGCGCAUCAUUGCUCGGUUUGCGAUCGUUGCAUUCGUCGCAUGGACCAUCAUUGUCCGUGGGUGAACAACUGUGUGGGCGAAGCGAAUCAGAAGUAUUUCGUGCUGUUCACGAUGUACAUAGCAUUGCUGUCGUUUCAUGCGCUCUACUGGGGAAUAUGGCAGUUUGUACUUUGUGUUGGAAAAGAAUGGCAUAGCUGCAGUAAUCUCGGCCCCCCGGGAACAACAUUGAUGCUAAUUUUCCUAAUGUUCGAAGCAAUUUUAUUCGCGAUAUUCACAUCAGUCAUGUUUGGCACACAACUAUCGGCGAUAUGCAGUGACGAGACAGCUAUUGAGACACUGAAACGUGGACAUGAAGAUCGUCAGAAAGUGGUCUCAUGGAAGAAGAAUAUGCAAUCAGUUUUCGGUGGGCCCUGUUCAGUACGAUGGCUGAAUCCACUGGUUGAACCGUAUUUUAGCAAGCCGGCCUGUGAAUAUUCGGUCUAA